ACUCCUCUCUGAACUCACUUUCAAUAUGGUGCGGUGAGCAUGGAAUGGAUCGAGGUUGUGUGUGACGAGAGUGCUUGAAGAUCGAAGAUCAAGGACGUGAUUUUUAAAUUUUUUUUGGUUGCUCAUAGAUUGACUCUCAGAUCUGCGAAUCCUAAAACAUGGAUGCUAGCAACCCAGAAUCAGGAAUGAACCCAGGCGCUUUUAGUGCCGAAUCUGCAACAAACCCAGGCACUUUUAGUGCCGAAUCUGUAGCUGCUCUUCUCAACCAACUCUCUGCUCAACUUGGACGCAACAAUGGAACCUCAAACCCAAGCAUUGAUCAGACCAGUCCUUACUACAUUCAUCCGUCUGAAAACCCUGGUAUUCCUAUAAUUCCUAUAAUUAUGAAUGGCUCAAAUUAUGGUGACUGGAGUAGAGCAUUGACUUUAGCUCUACAAUCUAAAAACAAAUUUGACUUUGUUGAUGGAACGAUUAAGAAACCACUUGAAUCUGAUCCUUUGUUUAGGCAAUGGAAACGUUGCAACACUUAUGUUAUAGGUUGGAUUAACCUGUCUCUGAGUCCAGAUAUUUCACAAAGUGUAAUGUGGAAUAAUCUAGCUUAUGAGAUCUGGAGUGAAUUGCGAAGAAGAUACUAUCAUGGUGAUAGGUUCAGAAUAGCUGAAUUGAAGGAAGAAUUGUAUGCUGCCAAGCAAGGAGAACUUUCUAUUACCGCUUAUUUCAUGAAAUUAAGAUCAUUAUGAGAGGAAUUAGAGAGUUUUCAGCCAGUACUUGCUUGUGAAUGCACUCCAAAAUGCUCCUGUGGUCUUGGAGUUAUUCGAGCAUAUAGAUCUGAGGGAUGUGUGGUGAAAUUUCUACGGGGGUUAAAUGAUCAAUUCUCAACUAUACGUUCACAGGUCAUGAUGAUGGAGCCACUACCCAAUCUUGAUUCUACUUUUGCCUUACUCACACAACAAGAAAACAAGAAAGGCAACUUGGCUUUCAUGGAGAAGAAUCUCAAAUACUUCUCAAUAUUGUAUAACCCAAAUCUCCACAAGGAACCACCUCCAACAAAGGAUCAGAUUCUACUAAGAGUGAUAUUGUUGCUGCUAAUCGACAAGGCAGAGGAAAUAGCAGAACAUAUGGAGGCAAAGAAUCGGGUAGAGAAAAAAUUGUUUGCACAUAUUGUGAAAAGCUUAGACACACAAUAGAUGUUUGCUAUAGGAAACAUGGUCUGCCACCACAUCUGAAGCAGAGAUAUAAUAGUGGUGGUGCUGCAACAUUCAAUUAUGCAGCCACUUAUGAACAUGCUGAUGAAGACUAUGCAGAUCAGAAGCAGCAAAGAAGUGACGAGCAAUGCUUGGAAUUCACUCAAGAUCAGAAGAUCGUUUUACUAGCCCUUCUUCAGCGCAACGAGUUACAGUCCAUCCACAGCACCAACCAAAUAGUUGGCCAAACUCCAGCAAUGAGAGGAUUCAUCAAAGACGAGGAUUGGAGUAGCUAGAGCAGCAGAGGGACUUUAUGCAUUGGAUAUCUCAACACAACAUGCAUUUUCAUCUGCAUCUUUAAUGAAUUCUGUUAUUAGCUUCAAUGCCGCAGAUUUUACACACAUUUGGCAUACUAGAUUAGGUCAUAUACCAGAGGAUAGGCUUGUUGUAA